UUCGUGACAUUUAUACCAGCUGAAACUUUGAGUUAAUUUUCUUCUGGGUCAUGGGGGGACCUGGAGCCUAUCCCAGCAGUCAUCAGGCGGAUGAGUUUAUUUUGUUUUAUUUAUUUAUUUUUGUUAUUUUUGUAUAUUAGGAGCUAUAAAGUUGCAUUUUAUAUACUCCUACAGUUUUAGCUUUUAAUCCACAGAGAUAUUCAAUUUGAACAACUGAAAAGGUCAUUAAUGUAGUAAAAAGUUAAUCAAAAACUUUCACCAAAAUCAGUGAAUAUACCUUUAAUGGAUAUUGCUUUACUUAUUCUGUUAUAUAUAAUUAGAUGUCAUGACUUUCCUCCAUGAUUUAAACUAUUAUGUUGUCAGAUUGUUUUAGUUUAGUUAUUUAGUAGUUAGCUAGCACAUAAAGCUAAUGCUGUAGCAAUCAUGAGUGAUGCUUGCUAAUUAGUGUUUUUAGCCAUCUUGCUGGAGAUUUUGUGAGUUUUGCAGCUAAAGAGUUAAGUCCACACCUGAUAUGUUUAAUCAUUCCUUAUUGAAAAGAAUUAGAAUAAAAAUAAAUGAUGUCGACAGGCAACGUUCAAACACUCAGAAUAAAGAGGCUGGUCUGUUCUGACCACAGCGCUGUGUAGCUUUAGCAUAUAGCUAACUGUCCACAAUGCUCAGACUCACUGCAGCAGAUUAUUAGCACUUGAAAGAAAUAAAAGCAGAGAAAAUAACAGAAUAAUAACCUGAAGAGACAGUGACAGUGAGAUCUGAAGAGCGACUUGCUCUGUAGCUGCUGGGCAGUUAAUUAUUUAGUAGCGGAUUCUGUUCAAACUGCGGCUGAAACAGGAUGUUGAUACUCACUAGCUAACUAGCUAAUGUAAUAGACUGUCAGUGAGCGAGGGAGGGGUUUAGUUUAUUUGCUAUUGGGGCCUUGAAGGAAACACUGAAGGGAGGGGCUUUAGUUUUUUUAGGGUGGGGCUUUAGAGAGAACACUGAAGUGGGUUGAAUUUGUUUGGGGGAGGGGCUUUGUUUACUGAGUGUUUUUAAAUGUCAGUACUGUCACUUUUUCUUCGGUAUAUUAGCAAAUACAGUAAUCUAGUUCUAUUUUAGUCAUUACUGUUUAGUCCCUAAUUCUCUUUUUUGUGUUUAAUUUCACUCUUGUGUUUAUUCUGUUCCUCUCAGCGGAGCUUUAUCAUUUUAUUUUAGACUGAGAGGCUCUAAAAAGGGAUCAGAGCUGAACAAACUUCAGUUUCUGUGAACGGUGCUGCUGUAUCAUUUAAGGUGGAAGGAAAAUCCAAACAUGAAUCCAGUUUCAGCCUCGUUGUUUUUGUGCUGAUCUUCUCCUGAUUCUUUUACUCCAGCACGGUGAAGUGUUAAAGGUCCAGCAAGGGGGAAUAUCAGAGAGACUGGACUGCGAUCAUCUGGUCUUGAAUGGUCACUCUGUGUCCACUACAUCUCAGAGUGUUUCAGUUUCCGGAUGCAGAUUAAACCCGGCCGGUUAGAUUACACUCCAACAGUUGGAGCUUAAGGAGCCGCCGGAAACUCGUCUGAGCGCCGGGAAAUCCAUCCACCUGAACUCAGUUUAUAAAUGCUGCUUGUGUUGGUGAUGAGCUCAGUGGGAGCGGGCGGCGAGCCGGACGUCCUGCAGGGGUCAGGAGCUCUAUUUAAACCCGCGGGUCAGUCCAGCAGGGUCAGUUACACUAAGAGAUCAUGCUGCUGCUGCUGCUGCUGGUUCUGCUCCAGACCGUCCUCACGCUCACUCUCACUUACGAUGAUUUCUGUUAUGAUGAUGGUCAGUGUGACCCGUACGCAUGGGGGGACAUGUUUCCGUCCUGUCACCCCCUGCUGGACGCUCAUCACUCCCCGAUCGACCUCGGCUGGCAGCAGGUCAGAGACGCCCAGCUGGAUGAGCUGCAGCUCUCCGGAUUCAACAGCACUCCUAAAGGCCAGUGGAGACUGACCAACCAGGGCCACUCGGUUGUGUUGGAGGUGGGCGGUGGGCUAUCGGUGAGCGGCAGUGGUCUUCCCGGAUUGUAUCGGACUGUCCAGCUGCAUUUCCACUGGGGCAGCACGUCCACCAACGGCUCCGAACACACACUCCUCCUGCAGCGCUUCCCCAUGGAGAUGCAUAUUGUCAGUAUUAAAUCCUCUCACCCGAAUCUGACCGCUGCUCUGGGCGACCCAACCGGUCUUGCUGUACUCGCCGUCUUCAUUGAUCUGAGCUACAUGGACAACGAGAACUUCCAGCCAAUCUCCAGCGCACUGCCCUUCAUCACCUAUAGAGGUCAGGAGAAGUCCAUCAGGCCAUUCCCCCUGCUGACCCUGCUGCCGCAGGCUAACUUGUCUCAGUAUUACCGCUACCAUGGCAGCCUGACCACACCCCCCUGCUCACAGGCUGUGCUGUGGACCGUGUAUGAGGUGCCCAUCUCCAUCUCCUGGGCACAGUUUGAGCCAUUCAUCAGUGGGAUUUACUCCACAGAGGAGGGAGCAGAACCCGCAGCUCUUCUGCAGAACAACUUCAGACACAUCCACCCCACCUACAGCCACGUUUACGCCUCCAAACAUGCCCGCCUGCUCUCCAGUGCCCCCCUGUUCACCGCCUGCCCAGCCACUCUCCCCCUCCUCCUCAUCCUCACUGCUCUCAGAUCAGCCUUCAGUGCACUGAGCUGAUAAAACUGAUCUUCAGUGAGGAACCUUCAGCAGAACCUGUGGAGGAAUGAGGGAAACAGCAGGUCAAAGGUCAGGAGCUCCAGUGAAGAAACAGAGCAGACUCCACUUCCUGAUACACAGAGAUCACAUUUCAACGGAAAUGAUCGAUUAUAGAUUUUAUUAGAUUGUGAUUGUUUAGGUAACGAUUCG